CGUCAGUUCUUUGUGUUCCGCCGAACGAGUUAGAUCGUCUUGCGUUCUUUGGAAAAGAGGUUGAAAAAUCUCGCCACUGACUCGCCGCGUCGUUUCGUUCGCGAACUGUGGCCGUCUUUAUCAGAAUCAAUCGACGAUUCGAACUCAUUGUCUGAUAGUGGCGUUGGCACCGACUGGCUGGGAUUUGAACAAAACAGCUGACGGAACCGUUUCAUUUGUUCACUGGACGUCGGUCAGAGUGGACGUGUAGCGCGCGCGAAUCCGGUCCUGAACUGGGGUACAACCGUGUGAAAGAAGUGUCCGUUGGGAAGAUGAUAUAGUGCUGACCUGCAGUGUCUCUUUGUGCGUGUCGAAGUGAAAUACUAGAGUGAUUCACCGGAAAGUACUUGCAGUGGACAACACUCUGCCCGUGGCUAGAAGAAGCGAGAUCCAAGUGAGCGAUGGACAUUUUGCAGCAGGAAGUGCGGGGCAUAGCCCUGACGACGCUGAGUGGGGCCACCCUGGUGGCGAGUAGCCCCGCCGGCAACACCACCACCGUUGAUCAGCACGCGCCGGUGUACAACGCGACGACGGUUCCGUUGAACCGGAAGGACUCGCGGAACAUGGAGCAAGCGCUGAGGAACAAUAGCAGUAACCACGUAGUGCACAACAACAACAACAACAAUACGGCGCACUACCAGUCGCACAAUGAUAUUGAGGCGCACCACGUGCGGCCGUUCCAGAACCUGCCACCGUGCGAACCGGUGGACAUACAGUUCAAGGAUGUGUCGUACUGUGUGAGCAUGGGAUUUAGGAAAGGUCAGAAGGAGAUUCUUCACAAAGUGAACGGGAAAUUUCCGGGAUCACAGUUGAUCGCGAUCAUGGGUCCUUCGGGGGCGGGCAAGAGUACCCUGCUGGACGUGCUGUCCGGCUAUCGGAGGACCGGCGUCGAGGGUGCGGUGUACGUGAACGGACGCAUUCGCAACCUGAACAGCUUCCGGCGGAUGACCUGCUACAUUACGCAGCAGGAUCAGCUGCAGACGCUGCUGACGGUGCUGGAGAACAUGAGGAUCGCGGCGGACUUGAAGCUUGGCGCGGAGAUCUCCAAGCACGAGAAGGAGUCCAUCAUUGAGGACAUCCUGACGGUGUUGGGACUGUACGAGCACCAGUAUACGAUCACUAGUCGACUGUCUGGGGGUCAGAAGAAGCGGUUGUCGAUCGCGCUCGAGCUGAUCAACAACCCCACGAUCAUGUUCCUGGACGAACCUACCACCGGUCUGGACAGCUACUCCUGCAACCAGGUGGUUGACCUGCUCAAGCAGCUAGCCAAACAGGGUCGCACGAUCAUCGCCACGAUCCACCAACCGUCGGCGAAGCUGUUCCAGGAGUUUGACCAGGUGUACGUACUGUCAAGUGGGGAGUGCAUGUACCAGGGAUGUACGAACAGCUUGGUGCCGUUCCUGCAGUCCGUCGACAUGCCCUGCCCGGUGUACCACAAUCCGGCAGAUUACGUGAUCGAGCUGGCCUGCGGCGAGCACGGCAUGGAGAAGAUCCAAACCAUGGUGAUGGAGAUGGGCAACGGCGAGAGUACGGACUGGUUCGGCGACAAGCGGAAGGUGCUCAAGCUGGAGCAGCUGCGCAAAAAGUACCCGCUGAAGAAGAUCAUCGAGCAGAACGACAACCUGCACGCGACCUCGCAGUGGCACCAGCUCGAGGUGCUGAUCAAGCGGGGCAUCAUCAAGGGGAAACGGGACGCCACGUUGACACAUUUGCGGAUCGGCGUCAACAUCUCGAUCGCGGCCAUGCUGGGCUUUCUGUUUAUUGAUGCCGGUAACGAGGGAUCGCGUGUGCUGGACAACUACAAUCUGCUGUUCUCGAUCCUGAUGCACCACAUGAUGGCCACGAUGAUGCUGACGGUGCUGACCUUCCCCACCGAAAUGGGCGUCCUCCUGAAGGAACACUUUAACCGAUGGUACUCGCUGAAAAGUUACUACAUCUCCGUCAACCUGAUCGAUCUACCUCUUUCGUUAUUCUGCUGCCUCCUGUUCACGUGCAUCAUCUACUUCAUGAGCGGCCAACCGAUGGAGCUGUUCCGGUUCGGAAUGUUCUUCACAAUUAGUUUCCUAAUUGUGCUGAUCGCGCAAAGCAUCGGACUCACGAUCGGAGCCUGGUUCAACGUUGUGAAUGGAACCUUCCUCGGUCCCGUGCUGUCUAUCCCGAUGAUGAUGUUUGCCGGCUUUGGCGUGACGCUCCGCGAUCUGCCGAGCUACCUCAAGUGGGGCUCGCACAUCUCGUACCUCCGGUACGGGCUCGAGGGCUUCGUGAACGCGAUCUACGGCGAGAACCGGGCCACGAUGGACUGCGAGCUGAAGCCGUACUGCCACUAUCGGUACCCGGCCAAGUUCCUGUCGGAGAUCUCGAUGGAGGGCGAUCAGUUCUGGAAGGACGUGUACGCGCUCUCGAUCACGUUCGUGCUUGUGCGGAUUCUGUGCUACCUGGCGCUCCGGUGGAAGGUGAUUGCGGUGCGGUAGAUCAUUCCAAUUCUAGUGAAAUUGUUGCACAAACUAGGAAAAAAGACACAUUCUGUAGGGAUAGAAAAGCGUGCGCGUGAUAGUGAUAGGUUUAUUUUGUGCCAAAAUGCGUGACCAACAAA